GGGGGAAAUCUGGGAUAUCUGGGAAAGGGGAGUCGGUGAAAACCGGGACUAAACCGGCAGAAAUCCCCGAGGAAGGCUUGACGGACUCCGCCGGUGGCUGCGGUUCUGUUCUCCCAGUAAUCUCCCCGGAUCUGCACAGGUGAUUGAAUUCCUCCACUCUGUGCUCUGUUGGAGCUGGACUGAGCAGUGUUAGCAGACCAAAGAUGGAUCAGCUGUCGGACGAGGAGGUGGAGGUCAGGGGGGAGGAGGAGGAGGAAGAGGAGGACAGCGAUAAGGAGGACCAGGACCUGGAUAAGAUGUUCGGAGCCUGGCUGGGAGAGCUGGACAAACUCACGCAGAGUCUGGAUGAUGGUCGCCCCGAGCAACCGCCUCAGCAGAAAGCUCCCCUCAGACAGGAGACCAACAUGGCCAACUUCUCCUACAGGUUCUCCAUCUACAACAUCAACGAGGCGUUGAAUCAGGGCGAGAACGUGGACCUGGAUGCUCUCAUGGCGGAUCUCUGCUCCAUCGAGCAGGAGCUCAGCACCGUCAACGCCAAACCCAACAGCAUCGGAAGCAUGGCUCGCCUGGGGUUGACAGACACCAAGGUCCGUCAGAAGCCUCCAGCCGGGCGCAGUAGCCGGCAGCAGCCAGCGGGAGGCAGCAGCAGCGGUGGUGGUGGUGGUGGUGGAGGUGGAGGUGGUAGCAGCAGUAACAGUGUUAGCGGUGGAGGAGGCAGCAGCGGGGCGAGCAGCAGUAGCAGCAGCGCUAGAGCGUCACCUGCUGGCACUAUCAGAGUUCCCGCCGGGCAUCAUGGGAGAGCGGCGCUGGCUUCCAACUUCAGUCUUGAUGACAUCACCGCCCAGCUGGAGAAGGCGUCUCUCAGUAUGGAUGAAGCUGCCCGUCAGACCUCCUCACACUCCCUUAGCUCCGCCUCCUCCUAUACGUCAGCCACAAUGCGGCGGCCCGGGUCGUCUCAGCGCCAACACCGACGCACGGGAUCAGUGGGCACCGUCAGCGAACAUGAGGCUCGUUCAAUCGUUCACUCCUCCCGCUCCUCCGUCACCUCGGCGUCCGGCGUUUCUGUUAACUCCGCCUCCUCCAUGGACUCGUUGGACAGCGUCCUCCGCUCCGAUGAACCGGACGGUCAGCAGCCAACAGUUCUGCCCUCGGCUGCAGGAGCAGGUCAAGGUCACACAGAGCACUCCUAUCUGGACAGGGAAACCUCUCUGAUUCUGAGAAACAUAGCAGGGAAACCCUCCCACCUGCUGACCAAGGAGGAGCAGGCUGCCAAGCUGAAGGCAGACAACAUCCGAGUCGCCCUGGAGAAGAUCAAGGAGGCCCAGGUUAAAAAGUUGGUGAUUCGUGUUCAUUUGUCAGACGAGAGCUCAAAGACGAUGAUGGUGGACGAGAGGCAGACAGUCAGACAGGUUUUGGACAGUUUACUGGAGAAAUCUCACUGUGGUUACAGUCCAGACUGGUCACUGGUGGAAACCAUCAACGAGCUGCAGAUGGAGCGGAUCUUCGAGGAUCAUGAGAACCUGGUGGAGAACCUGUUGAACUGGACCAGAGACAGCCAGAACCGCCUGAUGUUCACUGAACGCAUCGAGAAGUAUGCUCUGUUCAAAAACCCACAGAACUACUUGUUGGGGCGGAAGGAGACAUGUGAGAUGGCUGAAAGAAACAAAGAGGCUCUGUUAGAGGAGUGUUUUGGUGGCAGCUCCGUGUCCGUCCCCGAGAUGGAGGGAGUGUUGUGGCUGAAAGAGGACGGCAAGAAGUCGUGGAAGAAACGCUACUUUCUGCUGAGGGCUUCUGGAAUCUACUAUGUCCCCAAAGGAAAGGCCAAGGCAUCCAGAGACCUGGUGUGUUUUCUCCAGCUGGAUCACGUUAAUGUUUACCACGGACAGGACUACAAGAGCAAGUACAAGGCUCCCACCGACUACUGCAUGGUGCUGAAGCAUCCUCAGAUCCAGAAGAAGUCUCAGUACAUCAAGUACCUCUGCUGUGAUGAUGUCAGAACCCUCCAACAGUGGAUCAACAGUAUUCGCAUCGCCAAGUACGGGAAACAACUGUACAUCAACUUCCAGGAGGCAAUGAGGAGGACGGAGGCGGCCUAUGAUUGGUCCUCCCUCUCUUCUUCCUCCAUCAAGUCAGGAUCCAGCUCCUCCAGCCUUCCAGAGUCCCAGUCCAACCACUCCAGCCAAUCGGACAGCGGCGUGUCAGAGAUGACAACAUCGGGCCACACCCGCUCCCAGAGUGCUGUCAGCUCCAUCUUCUCCGACGCCUGGAGGAGAGGAACGCAAGGAGAGAUGAUGAGGAUCGACCCUAUCAGUAGGCCGAUCCCCGUCCAGAUCCUCUCCCCCCAGCCGACCUCCCGGAGCAGCUACACCGACGACCUCGUCCCAUCCGACGACUCCUCUCCGUCACCGCCCUCACCACCUCCGCCCCCUCCACCCAUGGCGAGUGUGGCCCAAAUGCCAUCGACCACCCCCUCAUACAUCAAGUACAGCACCCUGGCUCGCCUGCAGAGCCAGAACCAGUCCAGGACGCAGCCGGCCGGCGCCGCCUCGCCUGCCCUCCCCAUCCCGUCUGCCAAAUCCAAUUACAACACCCUCCCAGCCGUUUACAGCACCUCCCCUCCGCUUCCACCGUCUCCCCCUCCUCCUCCUCCGCCCGCCACGCCGGCUCCUGGCUCCGCCGUGGCCGCGCUGAAAUUCGGUGCAUGCAGCCCCUCCGCUCUGCCACCUCCACCUCCGCUAGACGAGGACAUGCAGGAGCCCUCCUACCUCCCGCCUCCUCCACCGGAGAGCCCAGAGGCCAACGGGUUACCUCCGCCUCCACCUCCAGAGCCAAACUCCGACUCCUACGCCAACUUCUCCCACAGUGGCCUCCAGCAGUUCCUGGCGCAGAAGUUUCCUCACAUGGUGUACGAAUUCAGCCAGGAAACAGGCGAGGAUAAUUCUCCUCCUCCACCUCCAGCUGAGCUUUCUCCUCCAACCACCCUGCAAGUUUUCCGGCCUCUGUCCCCCAACGCGCCCCCUCCUGCACCUCCCAAAACCUUCACUGUUGGUUUUCCCCCUCAAACUGCCCGCAAACCCUCGGGUCCUUCUUCCCUACCGAUCGCCCUCUCACCUGUGUCGCCAUCACAGCCCUUUAUCGGCCACGGGCCGGUCAAAAAGCAGCAGAGUUUCUCGACAGGACAUUCCCCAAAUCAGCCUCCUCCCACUCUGCCGAAGCAGCACAGCCUCUCCUCCAAAAACCUCUCCAUCUCCCCCUCCGCUUCCUCUUCUUCCGUCUCCAUCGCGGCCGCUACCUCCUCUUUGGUCAAACAGAUUGUCAAUCAGUUUCCUGGAAACUCUUCUGCUUCCUCUCUGUCCGCGUCCAACUCCAUGGAAGGAUCGAAGUUCACUGCUCCUCAGUCUCCUCCGGCGGUCAAGGCCAAACCAAAGUGGCAGCCAGGAGGCGUUGUGGCUCCGCUGUCUCCAGAGUUCCCCCCACCUCCUUUUGACAGCUCGAUGGGAGAUUUCCCUCCACCUCCGUCUUCAUCCAAGACGGGUUCCCCCAUAAAGAAGUCUCCUUCCACCUCAUCCACGGGAUCCAACAAGCGGGGGCCUCCGCCAGCCCCGCAGAGAGCCUCCUCCAUCCGGUGCAGCUCAACUGGCGAGAUCCAGGAUGAGAGGCCAAAGAAGGUGGAGAGCCUGGUCAGCAAGUUUGGCCAAACUCCUCAAACGGGUACGUCCUCCAGCUCCUCCUCAGCGACCGGAUCUCCUUCUAAAGAUUCCUCUGCACUUCCUGCUCCGCUUCCCAAGCCGGGGAAGCUGAACCUGGCCAACCUCCCGUUGGCCCUCCAGGGGCUCCAGACGGGCCAGCACCAUCAGCCCACGGAGUUCCCAUCCCCUCCUCCCCCACCUCCCCCGCCCAGCCCCCUCACCUCGACUCCCCGACUACUUCCCGCCUCCCCCAGUGACUUUGAGCUUUUCCCUCCUCCUCCCCACCCGUCAGAGUUCCAUCAGCCCCCAAAGGUCGCCGUGGUGAACCCCCAGCCUCAGAUGCAUCCACCUCAACAGUCGGCACCUUCCUCCUUGUCGUCGUCGUCAUGGAAACAAGGUUCGUUGAAAAAGGGGGCAGUCCUUCCUCCGACGCUGAACCGGCGGACCAGCAACACCACCCAGUACGACAAUACGACGUCAAUGCCCCUCUCGCCGCCUCCUCUCUCUCAAACCCCACCUCCCUCCCUGUCCUCUUAUUCCUCUUCCUCCUCCCCCAUCCCCCCCACCUCCCCGAAAUCCCCGGGGCCGAGCACCCUGGCACUAAAGCCCCACUUCCUGGAAGACCUCAACCGCACCCUUAAGAGGAAGUCGGUGUCUCGCCACGGCUCGCUCACGUCUUCCACCCUCAUCUCCUCCUCUAAGAUGGAGCCCGUGGGCACCAUGGACGACAUGGCGCUCCUACCGCCUCCUCCGCCCGAGCUCAUGCAGCAGCAGGGCGUCCGAGGACACUCCCAAACUUUGUCUCGCCACCACUCGAAAUCCCACUCCACCAAACACGCCAACAUCUCAGGCUAUGCAACGCUGCGGCGAGGCCCACCUCCCGCUCCUCCAAAACGGGACCAAAGCACCAAACUGACGGGUGACUGGUAGAGAGCGAGGAGAAUGGGUGGAGCCUAAAGAACUGAACUGACUAUUUAGGUCUCAUGCAGAGAAGAAAUAAUCAAUGUCUGUCUUGACUUGUCCGUCUCUCCUCAUCCUAAACCAUCCACCCUUGGAUUUCCGAGCAAGUAGCAAGUCGUCUUUCCUACUCUUAAUCUCAGAUUAUGAUUGUUCCUAUUAUCCUCAUUAUUACUAUCAUUACCAAUACAUGUUUAACCCAAUGACAUGAGUACAAAAAAGUAUAUAUAUAUAUGUACAUAUAUAUCUGUAUACAAGCAAGCCAGAAAAAUCACCUAUCAAGCUUUUUUCACAAUGUCUGUGCAGCUUUGCAUUGAAGUAUACAAAAGACAAGACUUGAAUGACAACAGCAACAGAGACUAUUUGCUGCACAAUAACUGGUACUGCAUGGAGCCGUGGCAACGGAAGGAACGUCACCGACGAAGGGAAGGAGGGAUCGAUGGAAGGAGCGAGAGAUGCGAAAGUGGGGGGAUGUGUAUAGAAGUGUAUGUUGUGA